CUCUCCUUUUUUGACACAGAUGAUCCAUUUAGCUGAUGGCUUCAUGCAGUAUUUACAGCUUCAGCCAACCAAUGUAAUGCAACUUCCUCAGUCAAGAAGAACAGACCCACGUGUACAUUAAGAAUUAGGAAGAAGGAAAACACAUUGCUCUGACUGUUCACUCUGCAACAUGGCUCGUUAUUUCAGCUUUCUACUUAUCAUCUUUGGAAUCACACGUAUUUACAGCAUUACUACAAUCAGCAAGGUAUCAGUGAAACCGGGACAUUCCCUGACUAUCCCAUGUAAUUAUGAUACUUAUUAUACAAACCAUGUAAAGUACUUGUGUAAAGGAUACACUUGGACGUCCUGCUCGUAUGAAGUUAAAACAAACCAGGCACAUCAUUCAGGAAAGUUUACAAUCUCUGACAACAAAACUAAAAGGAUCUUCACUGUUACAAUAAAUCAUCUGACGAUUAGUGACACUGGUUAUUACUGGUGCGCUGUGGAGAUCAAUAAUGGAGGAGAUGAUGGGGCAUUCUUUCAUGUGUUGGUCACCACAGGCGCCCACACUCUCUAUACAGAUCAUCAGGAGAUUACAGGAUUUAUUGGAGACAGUAUGAGAAUAUGGUUUCACAGCAGAAACCGUGGAGCAGUAAAGUGGUGCAGACUGGGCAGUUCUUGUGCAACCGUUACAUCAAAAUCAAUCAAUGGAAUAAAUUUGGACAUUCAUGAGAAUCCCUAUGAUAAUUUUACUGUGACUAUGAGCAGACUGAGGACAGAGAGCAGCGGCUGGUAUUACUUUGUUAAAGGGGAUUUACAGAUGCCAGUGCACCUAACUGUUACAGAGAGACCCUCCACUACCACGUUAUCACCCACUACUCAUCAGUCCACUACUACUCAUCACACCACUGUUAGAGAGAACCAGACCUUUACCACAUUCAGACCUGAACAGAAGAGCAGUGAUAAAGUUGACCUGAAGAAGCUCAUCAUCCCUCUGGCUUUGUUGAUUUUCAUAGUAAUGACGACCUUGAUCAUUUGGUUUAUACUGAAGACACACAAGCAACGCAAAGUGAAUUCAUCAGCUACAGUUAAGGCUGAAGGUGAAGUAACAUACUGUGAUGUUAAAUACAGGAAAGAACUUCAGUGCAGGCUGGAAGUGAUGUAAUAUACUGUAACACUGGUCACGUGAAAGUAACAUCCGAUCAGAUGUCAUGCUCGGAUGUGGAUGUGAUUUAUAGUUCUGUGGUUACUAAAAAGUAGCGGACUGUAAAACAUGGUUGAGGCUACAGCACAACGACAGUCACCACCAACUGCAAAUUUGAAUGUUUGAUGCUUCAUAAGUCUGGACAAUGUGAACUGUUUGACGUUUUGUCACACUACAUGUCGCAGUUUGUGGUUUGCUUUUGAAAUGCAUCAAUUUGGGUUAUGCUUUAAUCUGAGCUCACACAGUGGCUCCAAACAAUCAAUAUGAGAUAGUUCAAAAUUCACCAUUACCUCAUCUAACUGUUAGAUGAUUAGAUAUGUAUUAUUUUUUUCUAAAUGUGUUUCCACUAUCUAUCUUUUUUUGACAUAAUUCUCAAUGAAAAAUGUUCAAAGAUAUCUUAUUCACCUUUAAAUUUAUCAUUAAUUCACUAUAUAUAAUGUAACAUUUAAUAAAUAAAUAGUCUGUACUGAAUGCAAUGUGUAUGUAUGUAAUCGCAUAUUCCACGCGACACUAGCAUUCUGAUACAACUACACUGCCAUUAAAAUACUUGUGGUGAUAAUAGUUGUGCAUGCGAGCGCCUGGUGGCCAGGCCUGUUCCCACGGGACCUGACCAGGCACCGUCUGACAUGGGAUCGUCCUCAUGUGGACCCACCACCCACAGAAGGAGAAGGAGCUGGUGCUAAGGAGAUUGGGAUUUGGUUUUGUCUGGGAUUUGCAGCAUCACUACAGUUCAUGAGGCGUCAGUAAAAGCUGGGGAUUCUAUUACUAUUCAGUGACUAAC